UAUGUCUUCAUCAUCUCUGUUUUGUUGUCGGUUCCUUCGGCUGUCACAUUAUCUUCGAUGCUCUAAUUCUUUCGUCGGCAAUCGCUUCAAGUCAUUAUUGCAAUUCACUCCUGGGAUCCGUACUUCUUCACAACUUCAAGGAACUCCUGCCAACCUUAAGAGAGCAACUAAUUUUGAUAAACGCAUUUUGGUUUGGCAUAAGAAAUAUAAAUCUGUUGAAGAUGUCCCCGAAUACAUUUCGAUAUCAGUGAUCAACAAAGCCAAAGACUUGAGCCGUGUCUAUGUCAGCCUCUGCAUGGUUGCUGUCACCAUUGUCCUUUGCAUCAUUGUGAUGUACAGCGGGAGACAGGCUGCAAAACGGGGUGAAGGAGUGUCAAAGACCAACAUGGAGUGGCACCGCCAAUAUAAUAAAGAAAAGAAUGGAGAUGACACCAAGAACUAAGACAUAUUGCUUCUUCCUCUUCUUCUCUCUCUCUCUCUCUCUCUCUCUCUCAUACACACAGUCUCUGCACACAGUUUCAUGUAGAGGCAUGUAUACACAAACAAGCACAUGCCCUUACACAUACACAUUAACACCUACACACUCACAUAAACCACCCCAUGACAAUCAAUAUAGACUAACACACCCACAAAUACAUGCACACACACGCAUGCACGCACGUGCAUACUUAAUCAUGCAAACACGUUUUCAUUCUUGUUCCCCAAACAACCCUGCAUAUAUACACCUAAACCGUGUGCUCCUUCUUCCUCCCACCACACACACAUACAUGCACACACACACACACAAAGGCAGUGUCCCAUACACAUAUAUAUAUAUCAUGUGAUUGAGCAGACUGUUGAAUGCUGUUAUACAUCGCUAGCCACAAUGCACUUUGCAUCAUUUUAGCUUUCUAAUGAGGCCACCCUACUGACUAAGUCAGCAGGCCAAAAUACAUACAUAUACAUAUAUAUAUAUAUA